AAUAUUUAGGGUUCUUGAGAAGAGUAAAGCGAAAUUUAGGGCUCUUGAUCGCUAUGGCGCUUGCCAUGGCCCCGAGGAUGCGAUGCCUCUACAUUUUCAACAGGAAUGGCAUGUGCUUGCACUACCACGUCUGGCUGCGAUCGCUGAUGACGCUGAGUCCCCAGCAGGAUCAAAAGCUCAUGUUUGGAAUGCUCUUCUCGCUCAAUUCCUUCACGGCCAAGAUCGAUCCAGUGAGCUCCGGGAAGGAGAACAAUCCGCCGUGCUCCUUCUAUAGCUUCCGGACGAACACUUACAAGCUACAUUUCAUGGAGACGGCGUCUGGGAUCAAGAUCAUUCUCUUGACAGAUCCCAGGAUUGGAGAUCUCCGCGAGGCUUUGAUGCACAUCUAUAGCAACAUCUACGUCGAGUACGUCGUGAAGAAUCCUCUCUACUCUCCCGGCCAGCCUUUCAGAUGCGAAUUGUUUAACAUGGCAUUGGAUCACUACGUCAAGACCUUGCAAUAGUGCCACGUCAGGACCACGCAGAAUACCACCUGGCAGGUACUGUGCCACGUGGAACGUUUUUUAUAUUUGUAAUUUAAAAGUCUUAAAACACGUAAUUUCUUU